AUGGGGUCUAUAUAUAAUUAUAAUGGUGGUUGCGUUUUAGGAAUGAGUGGAUUAAACUGUGUUGCGAUAGCAUGUGAUUUGAGAUUAGGAGCAAAUACAUUUACAACCGUUAGUACAAAAUUUAGUAAGAUUUUCAAGAUGAAUAAUAAUGUAUAUGUAGGAUUAAGUGGAUUAGCUACUGAUAUACAAACGUUAUAUGAAAUAUUAAGAUAUCGUGUUAAUUUAUAUGAAGUUAGGCAAGAUGCAGAAAUGGAUGUUGAAUGUUUUGCAAAUAUGUUAUCGAGCAUACUAUAUUCUAAUAGAUUUUCUCCUUAUUUUGUUAAUCCUAUAGUUGUUGGAUUUAAACUUAAACAUUAUGUAGAUGAAGAAGGAGAAAAGAAAGUUAACUAUGAACCUUAUCUCACAGCAUAUGAUUUAAUUGGAGCCAAAUGUGAAACUAGAGAUUUUGUUGUGAACGGGGUAACAUCUGAACAGCUUUUUGGAAUGUGUGAAUCGUUAUAUGUCAAGGAUCAGGAUGAAAAUGGACUUUUUGAAACUAUCUCCCAGUGUUUGUUAAGUGCUUUGGAUAGAGAUUGUAUCUCCGGAUGGGGAGCCGAAGUUUUAGUUUUAACCCCUGAAAAAAUUAUAAAGAAAAAGCUUAAAGCAAGAAUGGAUUAA